GGGCACAAUCAAAGCUCCUAACCAAAGAUAAAUUGCUCUACUUGGACAUCGAUCGUAAGUGUAUCUUUUGUGGAGGUUUUGAAGAGACUUGUGAGCAUCUUUUCUUCAAGUGCUCUUUCACAUCUUCAUUAUGGGGGAGUAUUAGGAGAUGGCUUGGCAUCACAAGAUCAAUGACGACACUUGCUAUGGCUCUUAAAUGGUUGAAAAAGGAGGCUCGGGGGACUUCGUGGCUUAGCAAGGCAAAGAGAGUUGCUCUUGCUACCAAAGUGUACUAUAUUUGGCUGACGAGAAAUAGGAAAUUAUUUGAAGACCUCUCAUAUGACUUGGAUUCCAUUGUGAGAAGGAUCAAGACACACGUAUAUAAAGUCAUGUUUACUUUGUAUCCGGAUGUCUUGAUUCUUUAUGAAUCCUUGGCCAUGGAGCUCUGA